CACGACAACAAGGAAUACGGCGUCACACACUUUCUAGACCACCAACUAGCAAGCCAAAAAAAAGAGUUGAUGGGAGAGGCUCUGAAUUCCCUCUUGUAGACAUCGACUCGGUCUUGGCAUUGCGUUGCGUUGCGUUGCGUUGCGUUCCCUUCCUAGAACACGAUGAGCCACCAAACCAACGACGGUGCACCGCCGCCGCCGUUCGAGGCGUCCGGCAGCGAAACCACAGCGCCCGUCGCCAACAAGCUCGAGGAGGACCUCAAAAAAAGCGCACCGCGGGUAAUGAAGCACAUGAACGACGACCACGGGGACAGCCUCGUUGCCUACGUCCUGGCCUUUGGGGUGGACGACCCCAGCAGGACCAGCGACAACCAACAGCCGCACCAGGGUGCCGGCCUCCUCGCGGCCGUCCAAAACGGAUCCCUGGCCAUUGCCUCGGCCAGGCUCACGGACGUGCGCACCGACGGCUUUGUGCUCGAGGUUUUGGUGGAAGCUUCCGCCCCCGGAAGCGGGGAGCCGGGGCCCUCCGUCCUCCAAGGUGUCCUGGUCCCCUACGGCCGGCCCCUCUCGGGCGCGAGGGACCUGCACGCGGUGGCGGUGGAGCUGCACCACUCGGCCCACCAUCGCCUGGGGGUGGUCUACAAGGCCCGGAGCGGCUACUACAAGGGGUCGGUGGCGGCCCUGGCCCGGAGGGUCCUGGGGAAACCCAAGCAGCGCUCGGCGGGGUGGGCCCUGGYGGCGGCGGCGACCGCGGCGAUUGCCGCGGUGGCCUGGAGGGCGAGAAGGCCGGCGGCGGCAGCCUGAGCGCCGCUCCCGGCCCGGAAGGGGGGGAAAGACCUCC